UUAUAUUUGGCUACAGUAUCCUGGGCAUGUACCUGUUUGGGGGUAAGUUUUGCAAGUACACUGAUUCAGACGGCAUCGUCAGAGAAUGCAGCUGUGUAAUGAUAGUAACGAAAGACAAGAAAUGCGAAUGUGACAGAAAACACUUCAACGACAUCUUAUGGGCCACGGUUACUGUUUUCCAGGUAAGUUACUACAGUUCGAUGAAAAGUCUAAGAUCUAAUUCACCCCCAAUAAUUACGCACACGGCCGCGACUCCCCAGGAUUCACCCAGCACCACCCUAGACGACUACCCGGAAUUUAAAUACAACGUCAUGUGCAAUGAGCCGUGCCCCGUCGAUGAAAUUAUAAAUAUUGAGAAUAUAAACCGAUCAGCGAACAACAACGCGCCAGCAUUUCUUAAACCCCCAGCCUUGUCACCACCACCCUUAACUUUCCGACAAUUUGAAAAGCUCCCCGACGAUUCGAAGACAGUGUCAUCGAAAAUAAUUACGCAUAAUGAACGAAUUGGAUCAAAGACGACUACAUUUUCCGAAAAGGUAAGCAUUCCCGUUUCGAGUGCAAAUAAAGCUACAAACUCACAAAAUCAGCCACAGGAAAAACCGAAGAUACAACGCGGUUAUUCAUGGAAGCUUCGCUCGCGACCGAGCUUGAGAAGGAAAAAGAACAGAAGCGGUUCCGAUUCGGAAGCCGUGCCACUGAACAAUGGAAGAGAUCAUUCACAAUGUAACGGAGGCAACAUCACCAGACACAUAUCUUGGAUGCCAUCCCUGACAAGACAAAACUCGCUAAGUUCCCAAAACAUUCCUCAAAACAAAAUAAGUCCUCUGAGUUCUUCUUUUACAAAAAACAAUAGCCCCACUUUGCAAAGAAAAAAUAGUAGCAGCGCGGAACCGAAAGCAAUUAAUACAUUCAAAAGAACAUUUUUAGAUAAAUCAUUGCCGAAAAUCAACUUCGAAGAAGUAACUGCCAAGGCUGAACAAAAGGUUUCUAGGAUCAAACAGUUCCUUCUGAUGGUGGAACCUAAAGGGUGCAUGAAGGAAAGGGAGGAGUUUUCUUUGUACAUAUUUCCCCCAAAUAACAGAUUUCGCCAAUUUUGUCAUUGGUUGGUCGACCAAAAAUGGUUUGACAACGUGGUGCUGCUCUUCAUUGCGAUGAACUGUAUAACAUUAGCCAUGGAACGCCCAAAUAUACCCCCAAAAAGUACAGAGCGUUUAUUUCUUCAAUCCACAAACUAUAUUUUUACUUUCGUAUUUGCCGUUGAAAUGGGCGUCAAGGUUGUGGCUUGUGGUAUGUGUUAUGGUCCAGAUGCUUAUUUUACUUCUGGCUGGAACAUAAUGGAUGGUUCUUUAGUAAUAAUUUCCAUUGUGGACUUACUGAUGUCGUUAAUAAGCGAGUCGAGUCCUAGAAUUUUCGGAAUAUUAAGGGUUUUUCGCCUUCUUAGAUCUCUUAGGCCUCUGAGGGUCAUAAACAGAGCUCCUGGACUCAAGUUGGUAGUUCAAACAUUGCUUUCGUCUUUGAGGCCCAUCGGAAACAUUGUCCUCAUUUGUUGCACAUUUUUUAUCAUAUUUGGGAUACUAGGAGUGCAGCUCUUUAAGGGUUCGUUCUAUUAUUGUACUGGUAGAAACAUAACUGGUGUCAAAAAUAGAACAGACUGUUUAGCAAGACCAGGAAAUUCGUGGGUGAACCAAAAAUACAAUUUUGAUGAUCUUGGUAAAGCCCUAAUGUCCCUGUUCGUUUUAAGUUCAAAAGACGGCUGGGUCAACAUUAUGUACACAGGUUUGGACGCAGUAGGAGAAGACCUGCAGCCCAUUAUAAACUAUUCUGAAUGGAGGCUGCUCUACUUCAUCGCAUUCAUCCUCUUGGUCGGAUUCUUUGUUCUAAAUAUGUUCGUUGGAGUUGUUGUCGAAAAUUUUCACAGGUGUAGAGAAGAGCAGGAGAAAGAAGAGAGAGUCAGGAGAGCGGCCAAAAGAGCUUUGCAACUUGAAAAGCGCAGAAGAAAGAUGAAUGAGCCACCUUAUUAUAUCAACUACUCCCCUUGGAGAUUGUUCAUCCAUAAUGUUGUGACCUCCAAGUAUUUUGAUUUAGCUAUCGCGGCUGUCAUAGGUCUCAAUGUGGUCACAAUGGCCACCGAAAGUUACAAAAUGCCCGAAAUAUUGAACUACGUGCUCAAAAUCUUCAACUACUUCUUCACGGCAGUCUUCAUACUUGAAAGUACCAUGAAACUUACGGCUUUAGGAUUCAAAUUAUACCUAAAGGACAAGUGGAACCAACUAGAUGUAGCCAUUGUAAUCCUGUCAGUGGUAGGGAUCGUUUUGGAAGAGCUGAAAUCCAACAUAAUUCCAAUAAAUCCAACGGUCCUGAGAGUAAUGCGAGUGAUGAGAAUAGCAAGAGUAUUAAAACUACUGAAGAUGGCUAAAGGUAUAAGGGCACUCCUGGACACUGUAAUGCAAGCACUACCACAGGUGGGAAACUUGGGUCUUUUGUUUUUUCUUCUCUUCUUUAUUUUUGCCGCUCUCGGAGUGGAAUUGUUUGGAAGGCUGGAAUGCUCUGAGGAGCAUCCAUGUCAAGGUCUUGGAGAGCACGCCCAUUUUGCCAACUUUGGUAUGGCAUUUUUAACAUUGUUUCGAGUUGCUACGGGAGACAAUUGGAAUGGAAUCAUGAAAGACACACUUCGAGACGAUUGUGAUGAUGCAGCAGAUUGUGUUAAAAAUUGCUGCGUUUCGGCCGUCAUUGCUCCAUUGUUCUUCGUUAUUUUUGUACUGAUGGCGCAGUUCGUUCUUGUGAAUGUUGUCGUUGCGGUUCUUAUGAAACAUCUUGAGGAGUCCCAUAAACACCUCGAGGAUGAACAAGACAUGGACAAUCAGUUGGAACGAGAAUUCCAAGAGAAGCAAGAACUUGAAGAAAGAAGAGAACUCUGCUUAGCACUUCAAAUGGACUCGGAAUGUACCAAAUCACCAAAGAAAGCAUUAACCAAGGUGCUAUCUCUUCCGGCGAAUUUCACUUACAACCCACCAGGAUCAAAAGAAAGAUUAGAACGAAAACCCUCUAAACCCAGGGUACGCCGCCAGACCCUCCACAGUCAACAACCGAUCACAUUAAAUCUUGAAAAUCUAGAUGACAUCAAAGUAAUUGACGAAUCGCUGUCAGAUAUCAGCAAAAUGCUGGAUUUACCAUCAGUAAAGACACAUUCGGUUUCGAGAGAAUCCUUGACACUUGAUAAACCUUACGAAAUAAAAGAAAAACACGAAUAUGGUGAAAAGCAUCCAUCCAAGAACGUGAAUCAAAUGAAAGAUUUCAAUCGUUUAGCGUUACCGAUUGAACAGAAACAUGCGCACAAAAUGUACGGCAGCACAAAACAUCUAUUCCACAAACAGAAGUCGAUAGAGGACAACGACGAGUCAACGUUCCUGUUGACAAUCCCCUCCGUUUCAUUGAACACAACAGAAAGUGAAAUAGACAAUGAAAAAACUGAGAUAGAACUAACAGCGCCCAAAAUUUUCAAACACGACUCCCAAGAAAGUGUCCACAGGAUAAUUAAAGAAAGACGAAAGCUGGACGAAACCCUUAAGGAUGUCAAUCAACAUGACAUCUUCAACACCGCGCAGAGUAGUGAGGAAAGAGACUCGAGUAGAACUAGUGCCGAACAUCCGAGUAUAGAAGAAGAGGAAGAAGAAGAACGGAAAAGUGAUGAAGUCGAACACGUGUGUUGAUGGAAAUUUUUUUUUGUUUUUGUAUCAUAAUUUUUAUCACAAAUUAUUAUUGUUUAAUUCAUGUUAACAAUUUUAUUCAAGUGUACAUACUGCUGUAUAGAUAUAAUAACAAAUAAUAAUUAAUAUUUGUUGUGU